AUCCGUUGUUUUGGUCUUCUGUUCUUGAUAUUCUGAAAUGUAAGCAGCCCUGUGGACUGAAGAUCCUCCAACGCCAACUAACUACAAACUAUCCAGAUAUUGACAACAGAUUGUUGUUGAACAUGCUGCGAGAAUACCCGGACAGAUUUACACUUCAGUUUGGUAAUGACAGCAACCCCUGGAUAGCAUUGAAUUCCGAGAUGUCUGAAGUUCCAAAGCAGGAACUGGCUGCAAAUGUAGCUCCCGGUUCAUAUGCUGCCGAAGGUAUGCCGGCAAACGUAAAGAUUUGUCUAGUCCCAGAUCAAAGGAAAAAACAGGAGAAACUGAGCAUUGCACCAAUAAAAGCUAACGAAAGCGGGGGAAACUUCAACAAGACCAAGAAACCCCGCAAGCAGAAAAAGAAGAAACUGAAUAUUGAACCGAAGAAAGAUAAGGAGGAAAGGAUUCAGCAGCCCAAGGGUACCAUGAAGAUUUUUCCAUCCACACAAGAAAUAUCACGCAGUAUGAACAAGAAAGAUGGACAGAAGAAAAGAAUGGAUCUUCUCAGGCACAAACAGGAAGCCAGAGAAAAUGGACAUAGUGGCAAACAGAUGAAACCGGAGAUCAAGGUUCACAGUAAGUUUGGUCUUCGUGAGUUCUCUUAGGAGCCCAUGGGACUGUGUUGAUGAUGAUAAAGAUUAUGAGGAACAAUGUUUACCCAUUUAAUACAAGGAUUCACUCAUUUCAUUCAUAACUGUGGACUUUUGCGUUUCCCUGGAAAAAAAGGAAAUAUUUUUUGUUACCAUUUUCUUCAAUUUAGUUCACAGUUCUUAAAUAUUGUUUUUGUUGCAUAAGAAUUUGUGACGGAAAAAUAUAUGUAAUUGUAAUAAAUUGUGAUUGUUAAAUACACGGUUAAUCUGA